UUAACAUUUGAGGGAGAGAUGUUUGAUUUUUUAAUUUCCGAGUGGUUCGUGGUUUGGUUAGCAUCAGUUAAUUAUGAGUAUAACAAUAACAAUCACACAAAUAACCUAAUGGAGUCAGCUUGGCUUAAAUUUCACUCUAUUCGGGAAUGUACAACACACCAGGUUCUCGAACGCAGCUCUUUUCAUGCAUUUUGGUGCAUUUUGUUUGCAUUGCGUUGGUUGCAUUGGCUCAAAAAUCUCUAGCCCAAAAAGUUUAUUUUUGUGGACUCCAACUUUAGUGUUUUUAGUAGUGUAUGUAGUUGUAAUAAUUAAUAGUGUAGUGUGAGUGUGAGAGCCAUAGAUGAAAGGUUGACUUAAAAUGGCUCAACUUUUCACUCAGGAAAUUUUUGAGCUAAAACCUCUAAUAAAAUCAAUAGGCAUUAAAGUGUGUGCACAAAACCGUAAUGGAGUUAAACAGAUUCUUGCUUUAGUUACUGAGGAUUAUGAUAUAGCACUCCACUAUUGUUAUGGAGAAUUACCCCCUGUAGUUAAAAGGAUUCCUUGGAUAUCUGAUAGUAGCAAGCAAAUUCAAGCUGUUUGUUUUGAUCCGACUGCAACCUGGCUGUUAGCAGCAUGUUUGGACAGUUCACUCUACAUUAUUCCGGCUCUCUACAUAGUUGACAAAAAACAAAAAAUCGAUUGCAAAUGGUCAUUAACAGACAUAACAGCUUUUCCAAAAUCAUCAGAAACUACAAACGCUUUGCCGACGUGUUGUGUUUGGUGGCAAACCCUAGAAUGCAACCAAAACGCAUUGAUUGGUUUUGAUAGUGGCAAGAUAUUGCUGGUCAGUUUGACUGAUGGUAGAGUAUUAGGAAGAUGCCACAUACCUGAAAGAGUUAGACAAUUACAUGUUUGUUUGGAUAAUGUGAAAGAGACUGUGUCGUUAUUGGUUAAUAGUGAUUCUGAACGUCAAUGGAGGUUAGUCUUAGAACAUCAUUCUAAUGGAUAUACUUGGCCUACAGAUAUAUCAUCUUCAAAUACUGAAGAAUCUGUGAAAUCUAAGUUUAAUACUCUUAAGCAAAUUGGUGUCGAUACAUUUUUUUCCUUCAGACAACGUUUGGGUAACUCUCGAAAGGAUAGCCAAAGUGACUCAGCAAGUGACUCUUCAUUUUCUGAACUGGUAUUAUCAGCGACCAGUUUGAAUGAAGAUACAGUUUCAACGUGCCAAUCGGCAGCUUCUGCAUCUGCUGAUUUAAAUGGUUCUUUGAAAAGUUAUGGUAGUAAACAUUCUAAUGACGUUCAUCUAUCAAGUUCCGAGCCAGAACUGAUGCCACACUUUGUUGAUACGUUUUUUACGCCACAGUCAUGCAGGAACAGAAGUUUUUUUUCUGCUUUGUACAGACCAACUGGACUUUUGACAAUCCAUGCGGCCGAUUUCGAAACAGCGCCCGUUUUCGUGUAUAGAGUCUUGCCAAGAACCCACUGCUUAAUUUUAACGGACAAUUUAAUUUACACAUUAAACCGAGACAUAAAUGUUAUUUCGGUUAUUAGUUGUCAGUUAGCAGAAUCUCGUUUGGAAGGAGAAACAGAAUUCAACGAAGAUUCAUUAGUCGCCCAAUUUAUGAUAGAUAAUGAAGAGAUUAUUGAUUUUUUCAAAGUGAUCGACAUGUCGCUUGAUGUAACUUCACAUAAAAACAAUUUGAAAAAUAAAUUUCUAAAUCAUAAGAAUAAGGGCGAUGCAUCGUUCUUGAAGCCUGCAAUUGAUACCUGUAUUAUAGUGACUACAAAAACUGUUUAUAAAAUUUCUGUAAGGUAUCAACCAGUUCAAAGAUUUAUAGACUGUGUAACUGAAGAAAAUGAUCUCGAGAAGGCUGAAAAAUUAUCGUAUAUUUUCAAUCUUAAUUUGCAACAGCUAUUGGAACAUUGUGGGGAUUUAUUGAUUUCACGAGGAUCAUAUCACUCGGGCAUAAUUCUCUACAAACAAGCCAAAGUUCACUUACUAAAGCGUGUACUAAAAUUGUCAGUUUCGUCAGACUGCAAAACUCUCCUCAAGUUUGUACACUUGUGCCUCAGUGCCAGCAGAAUUGACAUGAAUCUAACCACUCGAAUUCAUAUUGGCAACGUUGCCGUUAUGGCUUAUGUUGAACUGUUGCUUAGAAGUACCAACAGUGAACAAAUUAAAGGGAACAAUACCAAAGAUUUUAUGAAUUUCCUAGUUCAUGAUGCUCACUUUGACCCAAUUCUAGCUGUAAACAUGACCUGCCAGGCUGGACACUGGAAUAUUGUGAAUCUCUUGUCCAAGUCUAGAGGAUUGUCUACAGAAACUGUUGUGGCUUUUACUAAAAUUCUUAUGAACGAUUUCUAUCCUCGACCAUCCAAUUUGGACUUUUUAUAUGCACUCUCUGAGCCAACUCUAACUCAAAGUUUGUUGACUUUACCUCACUGUUCACAGAUCAUUUUUGAAUAUAUCCGUGAAAACGUGGACUGUUUUCCCUUGGAAAUACUCAAGAGAUUGACGAUUCAACUGGAUCCUAGUCAACCAUGUGCAAUACCUUUUAUGAAAGCCAUAUUCCAAAGUACCACCACAAGUUAUUCAGCUACAGACACAAAUGUUGAAUCAUUUGAUUAUGAAACUAUUGAUAGUCGCACUGUAGUUAUGAAAGAUUUGGUUGAAACAUUCCUUUAUGUGAUAUUAAGUUUAACUGGUAGAUUUGAUAGUAGUAGUUUUAGAAGUUUUGAUAUACGUUUACUAGAUUUAAUGGUACCUGUAAUAAGUGAAGAACUUAUUGAUGUGAUAGAUGUACUCCCAGAAUUGAAAAUGUUAAGCUGUGGCUAUGAGCAUGCUGCCGUUAUAAGAAAUAAUUGUGUAUUUACAAUGGGAGUUGCUACGUCUGGAUGUUUAGGUACUGGUCCAAUGUUAACCAAUACAAGUGGGCCAAGACUGAUUAAUACCCUCCAUGAGUUGAAAGUAACGCCGUUGUCUGUUAGUUGCGGAAGAAAACAUACUUUGUGUGCCACGGAUUCUGGAGUUUUUGCUUGGGGUUCAAACAGCUACGGACAACUAGGCCUAGGGCCUCAUUUGCAAGACACUCCAUAUCCGCAAGUAAUCAAGGCCAUCUCACAUUUGAAAAUUAUUGAUAUUUUUGCUGGUCAAUAUCAUAGCAUAGCACUUACCCACUCUGGAAAAGUUUAUACUUGGGGUUGGGGCAUCCAUGGACAGCUUGGUCAUGGACGUAGUGACAAUGAAUAUUAUCCCCGACUAGUCGAGUUUGACCAUCCAGUUAAGCAAGUAGCAGCAGGUCAUGCACAUAGCCUUGUAUUGACAUGUGAAGGCAAAGUUUACGGCUUUGGCUCGAACGCUUUUGCGCAACUCGAUAGUAAUUCCCCUAUUGACUCCAAAAAGAUUACUAGACCUACUUGGAUAGUGCUUAUGCCUGAUAUGUAUGUUCCUGUGGAGAAAAUUGCUACUGCGUACUUUCACAAUAUGGCCGUAACCGCUGACCAGAAAGUGUUUAUGUGGGGCGCAAGCCCCGAGGAAAUAAGAAGUUUUCAGCAAAGAUCGAGCCAAAGGCAACACAACGCAAGCAGCGAAAUACAUUGUGAAACGUGGAAAUCGACCGUUCAAAUGUAUUAUUCUCGAACCAGAAGACCGAUAAGGCAGAUAUCUGUCGGCCAACGUCACUGUGCCAUACUAGACCAAGGACGCAUAUUGUGGGGCAAAAAUAAGGAUGAAGUAUUGUGUCAACCAAAUGUAAGAGAUCACUACGAAGGUAAUAUGGGCCAUAGAUUUACACAUGUGUCUUGCGGACUGGACUAUACCAUGGCUAUAGAUCAGAAUGGUCAGGUUUUGGCUUGGGGAACACCGGCUAUGAUAGAGACGAUUCUGGGUGUCUCUGUGGACAAAAUUAAAAAGAAACAGGACGAACGCGCAAUGAUUUUAAAAGGCACUCGUCGUACCUAUAAAAGUCCUCAUGAACAUCCGAUAUCAAAUAAUAUACCUAUUGAAAUCACUGUUUUGCCAUCCAUGGCUUUUACUUUUAAUCAAACCAAUCACAAGGCUUUAUUAUGUAACAAGGUUUUGCCCUUUAACGUUUUGAUGCCUGACAAUCCAGAUCGAAGUAAAUUUUUGAAGGAACAAAAGGUUACUCAAAAGCAAGAUUUCAGUCAUAUCUAUAGUUUACCAAAUGUUCUGAUUGGCCAGAAAACUGUACAUUAUGCUUUGCAAACUUUUAUUGAUCUCUAUGAUGUUGAGAACAUAUUAAAAAAGUGCAUAGAAUAUAAAAACUUUCAGGCUGCAAGUAAAGUAUCGUUGUUUCACGGCCAUUAUGUUGAUAGUUUGGGAUUUGUCAUACAAGCUUUCGAAAACCAUAUCUCCCAAAGUGAAAUAGAUUUAGCCUCACUUUUCACGUGCAAAGAUUCGUAUGACAUCAAGGAAAAAGAUCAGGGAAUUGAAAUAAUUGUAAAAACGAUUAAAACAGAGUUAGACAAAGAAAAAUCAAGCAGUUGCAGUUCGCCAGCAAAAAUACUGAGUUCCAGUUCUUCCUUGGACAGUCUAAAACAAUUUGGUGAAGAAGGAGGUCAAGAAAGCCCAUGCGAAUUUGAUGUGCGUCAAAACAUAACGAAUUAUGUUCAUUCAUUAAAAAAAUAUGACUCUUCGGUACCAAAAUUGAACGAAAGUUACAAAGAUUUGUUACUGGAAAAAAGCAUCCGAAAGCAAGAGUUGCAAAUCAAAAAUAAACAAGCCAGAGAAGUACUGGAUUUGGCUUCAGGAAUAGUUGAGUUUUAUAUUGGAAAAAUUUACAUUUCCGAAAAUCAUAUUUUAAUGCAAAAUAUUUUGUUGAAGUGCAUUGAAUUUUGGUUAUCUCAUAAUCUUCCAGUAUUACUUCUUGAAAAUAUUUUUCUAAAAAAUUUGGACAAAUAUUUCUAUCCUUUAUCAAUUUUAUUGUUUUGUAAGAAUUUUGAUGAUGAGGAUAGAAUUUUACAGAAGGACGACGACAUAAUUCAAAUAAGUUCUUCAGGAUUUUUAAAAGAGUUUUCUACAAAGUUUUGUUUGCACUUAUGCUUGAUGGUAUUAGAAAACGGUAAUAAAUCCUGAAGAAUUAAUGAUUUUUAACGUCCAAUAUUACUAAAUUAUUUAUUUAUUUGUUUCCUAUUUUGUUCCCGUUUUUUUUUUUAAGAUUUUAUUAUUAUGGUUAGUGUUUUUAGAAUAUUGAUUUUAGCUCUUCUAAUAAAGUAGUCAAUAAUAAUCUAGAUUUAAUACAUAUUUAAAAAAUGUUAUUGUAAUAGUAUUCACGCACAAAUGAAUAACAAUAUUGUAUGUUUAAAUUUUUUAAACAGUAGAAAAUUUACAUACCAUUAUACCCAUAGCAAAUAUUUUCAAAUAGAUAUAGAGCUUUUUGAAAAAUUUCCAAAUUUUUUUGCUAGAAAUUGUUUACAGCUUGUUAUCUCAAGGCUCAUAGCUUAUAUUAGUAGUAAAAAUGCACGUUUGAGGAAAAAAUUACAGCAAGCUAAUUCUUUCUAUUUUUUCAUUAAUUUUUCUGGAGAAAAUAUCUGAAGCGCAAGAAAAAUUUCUAUUAAAAUCUCAUUUAGGUUUCUUCUAAAUGUAACCUUUAAUAUUUGCUCCACAAAAGCCCUUGUCUAUCUAAAGAAGAAAAUUAUAGUAACUUGUUUUUAUCUCUCGGCAGAGCAGAAACGACCCAACGAGCAAUGGUUUAAUCGUUUCCAAAAAGAUUCCUAGUUACAAUGUAUCGAAGAUCAAAACAUAGCCCGUAUUACAUCUGUGUUUUUUUUCGUGUAUUUCUACAUGUAUUUAUGCAUGUACAAAUUCAUGAAUUUCUGUUUUUCACAACAUUUUUUUUUUGAUUAGCAGAAAGAAACCGCCCAAAAUUGACAAAGGUUUUUGGUUCGUAGGUACAAGUGAAAUAUACGAAAAAAUACAUGGAAAAUUGAACAAGUUCUAUUUAUACACGGUUUAAUCCAAGGUCAAAUACAUGGCUAAUAUUUCCGAUUUACAUUCGUGUAUUUUUUAUGUUUAAAUAGAUGGAAAAAUACACACAUGUAAUGCGGGCUUAUCACAUGUAGAAUAAUGUAUGUGAAAAAUCUUAGGAUAUUAUUUCUAUACUUGAUAUUUUUUUCAGAAAGUCAGAGCAGAAGAUUUAGGCUUGCUGUACAUUUUUACCCAGUAGAAACCCAAUUUUAUUAUAUUUGCAGAUUUUUUUCCUUUGGGUUCAAGCUCUUAGGUUCUCAAUGUUAUUAUUUUAAAAACUGUUAUGUCCUUUCGUUUUUAUCUGCAGGAUAUCAUUGUUUUUAUCGCAUUUGAUCUGACUUAUUCCCUUUCAGCGCCUAAUAAAUAAUAAUUAUUGUCAUAAAAGAAUAUUUUUGUAAGACAUUUGUGCUUUGAGAAUUGCUUAUUAAAUAAAAGUACUUAAAAUUCGA